CACCGAGACGUCUCCAUGGCAAUGUUUCGCGUCACUGAACGCUUCUUCUGGAAUGACUCGGAAGGGAUUCGGGAAGACCUCCUCCAUGGGAAUUCCUCUGGUGGUUGGGAGGAGGAUACAGAGUGUAACUACUACGCCAUGCUGUAUUCCCUGCUCAUCCUGGCCAUCAUGUUUGGCAACGUGCUGGUGUGUCUGGCUGUGGUGCGAGAGAGGUCCCUCCAGACCACCACCAACUACCUGGUGGUGAGCCUGGCUGUAGCUGACCUGCUGGUGGCCUCGCUGGUCAUGCCCUGGGCUGUCUACCUGGAGGUGGUCGGAGGGGCGUGGCUCUUCAGCAGGAUGUACUGUAACGUCUUUGUCACCCUGGAUGUCAUGAUGUGUACCGCCAGCAUUCUCAACCUGUGUGCUAUCAGCAUCGACAGGUACACAGCGGUGGUGAUGCCUGUCCUCUACAACACCACACACAGCUCCAGGAUGCGGGUCUCGGCCAUGAUCGCGACAGUGUGGAUCCUGGCCUUCGCUGUCUCCUGCCCCCUUCUGUUCGGAUUCAACACAUCAGACGACCCGACGGUGUGCUCCAUCUCCAACCCUGACUUUGUCAUCUACUCGUCGGUGGUGUCCUUCUACCUGCCCUUCAUCGUCACCCUGCUGGUGUACAUCCGCAUCUACGUCUUCCUCAGGAAGAGGAGGAAGAGGAUUGCCAUCCGCCAGGGCAGCAGCGGGAAGGUCCAGCCAGGUUCGACCCAGCCCUCCGCGGAAAAGUGUCUGAAGGAGGAGUCCCCCAAGGAGAACAGAGACCUGUCCCCCAUUAGGAUCAAAGUGGUAAGAGGUAGUAUAGAGCCGGCAGGGCCCCCUAAAGCUCACCUCCUGUCUGGGUGUCUGCGGCGUAAGCGUCCCCGGACGGCCCCUGUGGAGAACACACUGCUGCCCCCGGUGGACAUCCAGAACUACUGCAGCAUCAGCCACGCCUCCUGCGGCCGCACUGAGCACGACCGCGCCGAGGAAGAGGUGGCCAAAGCGAAAGAGCGUAUUCCUGUGCGGAGGAGCUGCGAGGUCAAGGAGCUGUCCAAUGGACGCAUUCACACGGCACUCCGUCCCGCUCCCCACUCCCAGUCCCUGAACAGCCAACAACAACAUCGAGUCAGGAGCAUGCAGAACAGGGAGAAGAAGGCUACGCAGAUGCUGGCCAUUGUGCUUGGGGUGUUCCUGAUCUGCUGGCUGCCGUUCUUUGUGACUCACAUCUUGAACACCCACUGCAGGACGUGUCGUAUUCCCCCGGAGCUCUACAGCGCCUUCACCUGGCUGGGCUACGUCAACAGCGCCCUCAACCCCGUCAUCUACACCACCUUCAACAUCGAAUUCAGACGCGCAUUCAUCAAGAUCCUCAGCUGCUGAGAACACCAUGGUCCACCAUGACCGGGUCAUAGCCAUGCUCCUGACCUGUACUGGACUGCACUUUGGGCCCGGCAUCCCUGAGUAUGGAUAAGAUACAUGAGCCAUGGCCUCAGCCUGAGUACCCAUUAUCAGGGCAAUGACUGUCCUUUAUCGAGAUCAUUAUCAGACCAGGGUUCUGAGCUGUACUGGACCUCAGGCCAGCCACACCUGAGCAUGGAUACUGCACUUGAGCCAUGGAUACAUGAGCCAUGACCGUCCAUCUUAAGGGUCAAUGACUCGUCUUCAUUGAAACCAUCUCCUGCCGAGAGGAUAGGUCCAUAAUGACCAUGUCUGACCAUUCUCUUCCUCUGGACCUCCCAGCACACUGGUCCUCUCAGCGCACUGGUCAUCUCAGCACACUGGUCCUCUCAGCACACUGCUCCUCUCAGCGCACUGGUCAUCUCAGCGCACUGGUCAUCUCAGCGCACUGGUCCUCUCAGCGCACUGCUCCUCUCAGCGCACUGGUCAUCUCAGCGCACUGGUCCUCUCAGCGCACUGGUCAUCUCAGCACACUGGUCAUCUCAGCACACUGGCCCUCUCAGCACACGGGUCCUCUCAGCGCACUGGUCCUCUCAGCACACUGGUCCUCUCAGCGCACUGGACCUCUGGGCACACGGGUCCUCUCAGCACACGGGUCCUCUCAGCGCACUGGACCUCUCAGCACACUGGUCCUCUCAGCACAAUGGUCCUCUCAGCACAUGGGUCCUCUCAGCGCACUGGACCUCUCAGCACACUGGUCCUCUCAGAGCACUGGUCCUCUCAGCACACUGGUCAUCUCAGCACACUGGUCAUCUCAGCGCACUGGUCCUCUCAGCGCACUGGUCCUCUCAGCGCACUGGUCCUCUCAGCACACUGGUCCUCUCAGCACACUGGUCAUCUCAGCGCACUGGUCCUCUCAGCACACUGGUCAUCUCAGCACACUGGUCCUCUCAGCACACUGGUCCUCUCAUCACACUGGUCCUCCCAUCACACUGGUCCUCCCAUCACACUAGUCCUCCCAUCACACUAGUCCUCCCAUCACACUGGUCCUCUCAGCACACUGGUCCUCCCAUCACACUGGUCCUCUCAUCACACUGGUCCUCCCAUCACACUGGUCCUCCCAUCACACUAGUCCUCCCAUCACACUAGUCCUCCCAUCACACUGGUCCUCUCAGCACACUGGUCCUCUCAGCACACUGGUCCUCUCAGCACACUGGUCCUCUCAGCACACUGGUCCUCCCAUCACACUAGUCCUCCCAUCACACUAGUCCUCCCAUCACACUGGUCCUCUCAGCACACUGGUCCUCCCAUCACACUGGUCCUCUCAUCACACUGGUCCUCCCAUCACACUGGUCCUCCCAUCACACUAGUCCUCCCAUCACACUAGUCCUCCCAUCACACUGGUCCUCUCAGCACACUGGUCCUCUCAGCACACUGGUCCUCUCAGCACACUGGUCCUCUCAGCACACUGGUCCUCUCAGCACACUAGUCCUCCCAUCACACUGGUCCUCCCAUCACACUGGUCCUCUCAGCACACUGGUCCUCCCAUCACACUAGUCCUCCCAUCACACUGGUUCUCCCAGCACACUGGUCCUCUCAGCACACUGGUCCUCUCAGCGCACGGGUCCUCUCAGCACACUGGUCCUCUCAGCACACUGGUCCUCCCAUCACACUUGUCCUCCCAUCACACUGGUCCUCUCAGCACACUGGUCCUCUCAGCACACUGGUCCUCUCAGCACACUGGUCCUCUCAGCACACUAGUCCUCCCAUCACACUGGUCCUCCCAUCACACUGGUCCUCUCAGCACACUGGUCCUCCCAUCACACUAGUCCUCCCAUCACACUGGUCCUCCCAGCACACUGGUCCUCUCAGCACACUGGUCCUCUCAGCGCAUGGGUCCUCUCAGCACACUGGUCCUCUCAGCACACUGGUCCUCCCAUCACACUAGUCCUCCCAUCACACUGGUCCUCUCAGCACACUGGUCCUCUCAGCACACUGGUCCUCUCAGCGCACGGGUCCUCUCAGCACACUGGUCCUCUCAGCACACUGGUCCUCCCAUCACACUAGUACUCCCAUCACACUGGUCCUCUCAGCACACUGGUCCUCUCAGCACACUGGUCCUCUCAGCGCACAGGUCCUCUCAGCACACUGGUCCUCUCAGCACACUGGUCCUCCCAUCACACUUGUCCUCCCAUCACACUGGUCCUCUCAGCACACUGGUCCUCUCAGCACACUGGUCCUCUCAGCACACUGGUCCUCUCAGCACACUAGUCCUCCCAUCACACUGGUCCUCCCAUCACACUGGUCCUCUCAGCACACUGGUCCUCCCAUCACACUAGUCCUCCCAUCACACUGGUCCUCCCAGCACACUGGUCCUCUCAGCGCACGGGUCCUCUCAGCACACUGGUCCUCUCAGCACACUGGUCCUCCCAUCACACUAGUCCUCCCAUCACACUGGUCCUCUCAGCACACUGGUCCUCUCAGCACACUGGUCCUCUCAGCACACGGGUCCUCUCAGCACACUGGUCCUCCCAUCACACUAGUCCUCCCAUCACACUGGUCCUCUCAGCACACUGGUCCUCUCAGCACACUGGUCCUCUCAGCACACGGGUCCUCUCAGCACACUGGUCCUCUCAGCACACUGGUCCUCUCAGCACACUGGUCCUCUCAGCACACUGGUCCUCUCAGCACACGGGUCCUCUCAGCACACUGGUCCUCUCAGCACACUGGACCUCUCAGCACACUGGUCCUCUCAGCACACUGGUCCUCUCAUCACACUGGUCCUCUCAGGACACUGGACCUCUCAGCACACUGGAGCACAUCUGAGCAAGGACUCUCUGGCUGCCUCCUGAAAGUACCUCAGGCCCAGCACACCUGAGCUGAACUACAAGUACUGCAUCUGGCUUGGCUGCCAGUUGACCAGGAAGGGACCUGCUCCACCGGUGUUAUACUGUACACAGGGGGCAGGAGACAUGAAGGGAGAGGAUGGGAGCGAAAUUCAAACCAUAAAAAUGACUGCUACAAUACUGAUGAUUCAGAGAUGGGAAAAAAACUUUUUAAAUUGGACAAAUGAUGAAAAGGAAAUUAAAAUAAGUGUUCUGCUACAAUACUGAUGAUUCAGAGAUGGAAAAAAUACUUUUUAAAUUUGGACAAAUGACGAAAAGGAAAUUAAAAUAAGUGUUCUGCGCAUCUAUAUGGCACAGGAUCUGGACACAAUGUACAGCCAUCAAAAAGAGCCUGAAUGUCCUCUCAUGGUGUGCUCUUGCCUAUGUUUCAGGAAACAAGGGAUUAUACUCUGUCCUGGGUUUGGUGUUUCAGACAUUUGUUGGAUCAAAUAUAACUCUAGUUUAACUGGUGACGUAUGAAGAAAGACCUUCACUAAUACUCAGCUACACAGAUCAGACCACAGUCACAAUCCUCCGUUUGAUGAUGCCUGGAACAGUGUAAUGACCAAUCAUCUAUACUGGCCACCAGAGGCCACUUAUGCCGACGUCAUGUGUCAAUCAACACCACAGGGUCUUGCCUCAGUGGAUAUGAGUCGACAACUCCUAACGCAAUCACAGAUACAGCAUGCCUCCCAAAUGGCCCCCUCUUCCCUUUAUAGUGGACUACUUUUGACCAGACUUAGGGUGACAUUUGAGACUCAGACCCUGUUCUAUUUCUUACACACUACUCCAGGUGAUGACUCACAGCUAUUACUGUAGCACAGGUCAUGACUUAACUGUCAUUUGUUCAAAUAGUCACUGAGGUUAUCGGGCCAUUAUAUAUUCAGAGCAGCAGUAUUUACUGUUACUAGUGACAUCGUCCACCCCUCUUCCAACAGUCACCCACCACUGCAUGCGUGUCAACGUUAUCAGGCUGUUUUAUAUUUCAGUCGCUUAAAGGCUACGUCCAUCUGAAUCCCUAUGAAGACCUUAUAUAUCUGUGGAUGUGGAGAUGUUUGGAUCACUGUUGGAGUCGUUUAAAUCGAUGUCAACACUUAUGGAUCACAGAGGAAGCAUUUUCAAAAUGAUUUUUUGGUGCCACUGUAAAAGAAAUUGAUAAGGCUUCAGAGCAGAGGUGUCAAACUCAUUUAUCCCUGGGGGAUUCGGUCUUCAACGAGGUCCGGAGGGCUAUGUCUGGUUAUUUGGUUAUAGUUCCUUGCCCUCAAAAUUAGCAAAACAUGGUCCUCUAUCCAUCGUUUAUUUCCGAUGCUCCCUAACUGUCUAGCUUUCAUUUCAGUGAUUAAUAGUGACCUGGGCUUUGUGGUGCCAGCGAAUCGGACACGGGUGUGAAUGGCGAAGUGGGCGGGGCUGUAACGGAUAGGAAAAGUUUCUCUGUGUUGUGGCAAAUAAAAGCUAAAUGAAGCAUU